GGAAAUGACAGAGACAAGAGAGGAGGUCUGGGAAUGCUGAGCAGGGUAGAAGUGGGGAGGGGGAGUUGGAAAGUUGCAACUUCAGGGCAACGUAGACCGCAUGCUAUGAGAAGGAAUGCGUGUGUCUUUGUAGGCUAGCAAAGGGAUAGAAGCGAGAAGGGGACAGGAGGUGGAGGAAAGAUGCAAAGAGGGAGGGAUCUCGAGUGCGCUGCAGCGUGGCUUGCUGCACGUCUGAAUGAAAGGACCUCUCUCUCCCCUGCUGUCUGGAUGUAUGCUGUCCGUUCACUGCAAUUAGCGAGCACAUGUCCCGAGAAAACAAAACAGAACCCGUCGUUUCUUUCUAAGACGGAAGACGACUUUUGACUCAAGCAACUUUCAUUUCCUUUUGUGCACGCUUUGCACCUCCUCUAGUAGGCUGGAUUACAUCGUUGCCUUGUGGCUGCUUUCGUAAGGAUUGCCCAGCAUCCAGCAAAUGUUUUAUCUGGGACAAUUUGGCAUGUGAUGGACAUUAGAAUUACAAACUUUGUUUUGGUCAUCGGAUUAAAGAUCAGAGGUUGAACCUGAAACGCUGAGGACUUUGGGGGAAACAUCUACACACCACCUGGGCAAAUGCACAGCAGAUUUCCAUCAGAAAGCACUGGACCUGGAUCACUGGAAGCACUUUUCAUUUUCUUUUGUUUUACUUUUGGAAUCAUUUGUCGUAUAGGGGUGAUUUGUGGGUGUAUUUCUUAUGACUUACCUGAGUGAGCUGUCAGACAAUUUGCAAACAGGCGUGAUGUGAGGCCAGCGUGCUGUCCAGGAACAUCAAUACUUGACAAUCAGUUGUCGAUUGAGCUAACUUCAGUGUUAGCGUUGAAACGUAUAUUCUCUCAUGACACCUGUUCACGUCGCAUUUGUGCUUUUGUGUACGUCUAACUUCACAUCACACAUUCACAAGCUAUACUGACAUGCUACUUACUAACAAGUUAAGUCAAGCCCAACUGAACUCAUUGAAAAAAAAAAUAAAAAUGACCUUACCAAAAUGCAAACUGAACCAACAUCACAUCCCGGGAUGGGACUCGCCCCCUCAUCUUCUUCUCACCAUGCUCCUGCUGUUCUCCCAAGUGGGGUGGGGGGGCUGUCAUCCUCAAUGUUUGGAUUACAAACCACCGUUCGAGCCACAGAAGCCACUGCUCUUCUGCAAAGAGUACGCCAAAUUCGGAUGCUGCGGUGAGGAAAAAGAUCAUCAGUUGUCAGUCAGGUUUUACUCCAUCAUGGAGCACUUUGAUCACUCUGGUUUUGUCACCUGUGGAAGGUACAUCCGCAGCAUCCUCUGCCAGGAGUGUUCUCCAUAUGCUGCCCAUCUGUAUGACGCAGAGGAUGCAAACACACCCAUGCGCAUUUUGCCAGGACUGUGUGGCAGCUAUUGCAACGACUACUGGCAUCAGUGUAGAUACACACUGAGUCUCCUCCUGGAGGACAAGGUGGACCCAGGGCAGUAUGCAAACCUGACCGCCACACUUGAGGAAGAUCACAGACGGUUCUGUGAAUUUCUGGAGCUAAAGGACAACCAGUACUGCUACCCUAAUGUCUUGACAAAUGCAGAACUAAAUGCUAAUCUGGGUUUGGUUCAAGAGGACGCCGAAGGCUGUCUAGAGAUUUGCUUGCAGGAAGUUGCAAAUGGGCUCCGGAACCCGGUGGCGAUGGUCCACGCAGAUGAUGGAACACACCGUUUCUUUGUGGCUGAGCAGCUGGGCUAUGUUUGGGUGUAUCUGCCCAACGGCUCCAGGAUCGACCGCCCGUUCCUCAACCUCACACGCGCUGUCCUGACAUCACCUUGGGCUGGAGACGAGAGAGGAUUCCUGUGCAUAGCCUUGCAUCCAAGGUUCACCAAUGUCAGAAAAGCUUAUGUUUAUUACUCGGUGUCCGUCAAGAAGGAGGAGAGGAUACGCAUCAGCGAGUUCACACUGUCAACACAUGAUGACAACCAACUUGACCACACCUCGGAGAGAACCAUCCUGGAGUUGGUAGAACCAGCAUCCAAUCAUAAUGGGGGCCAGCUAUUGUUCGGCCAUGACGGAUAUUUGUACAUCUUCAUUGGGGAUGGUGGUCGAGCUGGGGACCCCUUUGGAAAAUUUGGCAACUCUCAGAACAAAUCAACCCUCCUUGGCAAGGUGCUACGCGUUGAUAUUAACAACAACGAUGAUGGUGCACCUUACAGCAUCCCUUCAGACAACCCAUUCCUGGACGAGAAGGAGAGCCUCCCAGAGAUUUACGCUUAUGGUGUACGCAACAUGUGGCGUUGCUCGAUUGACCGUGGAGACCCGAAGACAGGCUUUGGUCGAGGAAGGAUGUUCUGUGGUGAUGUAGGACAGAACAAAUAUGAGGAAAUAGACCUUAUUCUUAAAGGAGGCAAUUAUGGAUGGAGGGCAAAAGAAGGCUUCAGCUGCUAUGACCGCAAACUCUGCCGUAACUCUUCGCUGGAUGACAUCUUGCCUAUCUUUGCCUACCCCCAUAAGUUGGGCAAAUCAGUGACAGGAGGAUACAUCUACAGAGGUUGCCAGAUGCCCAAUCUAAAUGGACUCUACAUCUUUGGGGACUUCAUGAGCGGGCGUCUGAUGUCUCUGAAGGAGAAUGUGAUAACAGGUGAAUGGGAGUACAAUGAGGUCUGUAUGGGAAGAGGCCAGACCUGCAUGUUCCCCAAACUCAUCAACAGCUACUAUAAAUACAUCAUCUCUUUUGCUGAGGAUGAGGCAGGUGAAUUGUAUUUUCUUGCCUCGGGUGCCCCAAGUGCAACCGCCAGAGCAGGAUUUAUCUAUAAAGUAGUGGAUCCCUCCAGGCGAGCACCACCAGGUAAAUGUAGCAUCAAGCCCUCCCCAGUAAAGAUAAAGGGAAAACUUUUUCACUUCUAUCCCAAAGAAGAAUUAGUAAUCAACAAGAAGCCAACGACCACACCUGUUCCCACAACCAUCACAAGGAAAAUCCCCCCAACCAGAAAAACAACAAGAAAAACUACAACACUGCCACCAACAACGAAAAAAGCCACGCCCUCGCCACCAACACCUGCAACGACAAGAAAAAAAAAAAAGACGGCAACAAUAAGAACAACACCAACAACAAUGGCUCGCACCACCUUGGCAGCCACUGUGGUCAAAGCUACACCCACUGGUUAUCGCACGGCUGUCUACACUGCAGCCUCCUCCUCUCGGAUUCAAACCCCAACUGCCACUUCAACAAGAAGACACAUGAGACCCCCUCAACCCCACCCCACUACCGCUUCCCGACCAUUAACCUUCCCACACCCUCCUCCUCCUCUGUCCACAAAGCAAACCUAUAAGGCUUUUACCACUGCACCUUAUCCUGAGCAUCCAAGGAGGUGGACAACCCCACGACCUCCAUAUUGGAGGCCAAAACCCACAUCCUAUAAUCCCCAGAGACCCCUGAUAAGUACCACUCAGACAAAAACACAGGAGGAGAACCUUGGGUUAGGAGAGAAGACAGACAACGCAGAGGGGCAGGAAGGUAACCAAGUGAAUAAGAGUCCCAGGGGAGGAGGCAGAGGUUAUGGUUACAAAAGAGUAAGAGGAAAUGGGAGGAUGCAUGUUGGCUCAGUUCGUCUGGUAAGCUCAGACGGUCUGUCGGACCGAGGCCGAGUUGAGAUCUUUAUCCGUGGGGAGUGGGGGACAGUGUGCGACGACCUUUUCACCACUAAGGCAGGUACAGUAGUGUGUCGACAACUCGGCUUCACAACAGCACUAGCUAUUAUAAAGAGGGCCGGGCUGGGCCAGGCGGAUCGCAGCGUCAGGAUCUACUUGGAUGACGUGGAGUGUGAGGGCAGGGAGAGGUCGCUGCUUGAGUGCAAGCGAUCCAGAGUUGGGAAGCACAACUGUUCGCACGCUGAGGAUGUGGGAGUGAUCUGUGGUUAGCGUGAUUGGGAAACGGGACCAACGGAAAGUACUCGAGAUAUACUACAAGAGUCAAAAAACUGCUUUAAGUUUUAGUAGCUACCAGAUGAAUAUUAUAUACUGUAGGUUAUUACAAAUAAUCCACUUCCUUGAAAGAUUCUUUCGACGUAUGUAUAUGCAAUCUUCAGGCCCUGUGUUGAAAACAGUGGCAGGCUGUCCAUUUGGUACUACCUGGGCCUUCAGCAGGGACUGAAAGGACCUUAAUCAACUUGUCAAUGCCACUACUUCCAGUUCGCAAUUAGAGAAACCAUUAAUACUAUUAAAAAAGAAACUACAACAGCACGCAACUGUACCAUGUACACAAUUAGAAGUACUUCACAAUCAAUAUUUAUCAAAUAACAUGACAAAUUACAAAACAUUUAAAGAAAACAUCCUACUAACCAGAGAUGCUGAUCAUCACAUUUAUUAAAUGAGUGCAGACGCGUGUUGCAAGUUGAAGAUGGUUGCAGCAAGUUUUGUUCUGACCAUCCAAUCUGAGCACAGGAAAAUCCCAAGAUCAUCGGGGGCCAACUCGAUGCGAGGAUGAACUCAAAAUCUGAUUGGCUAAAGAAGCCGUCCCCUUACUACUAUUGUUUAAGUCCAGCACUACUGAUUCUGAAGGCUCUGAGCCAAUCAGAUUUACAUGGCAGCACACAGAGGCUGAAAUCUGAUUGGACAACAAAUUAAAAACCUAUUAUCAUGAACUGAAAGCAGUGCAGCCAAGAGAAACACCACUAAAUAAAAACAGUAGACUGUUGGGAAUAAAUUCAUACAAUUUCAUGGAACAAAUAUUUAGUCAGUUCUUAGAGUGCUGAGGCCAGCAGAGACGUACUUGCUGGCCCUAACUGCUCAACACUGGCUGACAGGGGCUCCAAGGGCAUCUUCAUACCGUACUGGUAAUGACUGAUAAAUAUGUUACCAAUAAUUGUAGUAAUUAAUACAAAUUAAUGCGUUCAUUUUAACCAGCAGCUGUGUAUCGAAAGGUAUAGCUGACAAAUGUCUUCAAAGAUAGGGUAGGAAAAUGCCCACCAAUGGUUUACAGUCAAAUGCUAUCUGGGAUGAUAUAUAUACAUACACAUAUAUAUAUAUAUAUAUAUAUAUAUAUAUAUAUAUACACACACACACACACACACACACACACACACACACACAGUGGGUACGGAAAGUAUUCAGACCCCCUUAAAAUGUUCACUCUUGUUUAUUAUUAAUCAGUUUAUUUGAAAGGGGACAAUGCAAUUUCAUGAAAACACAUGAAGUACACAUGGUUAAAAAAGCCAGAAUUAGCCAGAAGGUUAGUUUUCAUCUGUAUUCCCUGUAGUUUAUAUUGCAGCCAUUUGCUAAAAUAAUUUAAGUUCAUUUUUUCCCCACAUUAAUGUACACACAGCACCCCAUCUUGACAGAAAAAACAGAAUUGUUGAUUUUUUUGCAGACUUUUAAAAAAAGAAAAACUGAAAUAUCACACAGCCAUAAGUAUUCAGACCCUUUGCUCAGUAUUUAGUCAAAGCACCCUUUUGAGCUAAUACAGCCAUGAGUCUUUUUGGGAAUGAUGCAACACGUUUUUCACACCUGGAUUUGGGGAUCCUCUCCAGUUCUGUCAGGUUGGAUGGUGAAUGUUGGUGGGCAGCCAUUUUCAGGUCUUUCCAGAGAUGCGCAAUUGGGUUUAAGUCAGGGCUCUGGCUGGGCCAUUCAAAAACAGUCACAGGAGUUGUUCUGAAGCCACUCCUUCGGUAUUUUAGCUGUGUGCUUAGGGUCAUUGUCUUUUUUGAAGGUGAACCUUUUCCCCAGUCUGAAGUUCUGAGCACUCUGGGGAAGUUUUUCGUCCACGAUAUCCCUGUACUUGGCCACAUUCAUAUUUUCUUCGAUUGCAACCAGUCUCCCUGUCCCUGCAGCUGAAAAACACACCCACAGCAUGAUGCUGCCACCACCAUGCUUCACUGUUGGACUGUACUGGACAGGUGAUUAGCAGUGCCUGGUUUUCUCCACACAUGACACUUAGAAUUAAGGCCAACAAUUUCUGUCUUGGUCUCAUCAGACCAGAGAAUCUUAUUUCUCACAAUCUUGGAGUCCUUCAGGUGUUCUUUUUUUUUUUUUUUUUUUUUAGCAAACUCCAUGCGGGCUUUCAUGUGUCUUGCACUGAGGAGUGGCUUCCGUCGGGCCACUCUGCCAUAAAGCCCCAACUGGUGGAGGGCUGCAGUGAUGAUUGACUUUCUCCCUUCUCCCGAUUGCAUCUCUGGAGCUCAGCCACAGUGAUCUUUGGGUUCUUCUUUACCUCUCUCACCAAGGCUCUUUUCCCACAAUUGCUCAGUGUGGCCGGACGUCCAGCUCUAGGAAGGGUUCUGAUCGUCCCAAACGUUUUCCAUUUCAGGAUUAUUGAGGCCACUGUGCUCUUAGGAACCUUAAGUGCAGGAGAAUUGUUUUUGUAACCUUAGCCAGAUCUCUGCUUUGCCACAAUUCUGUCUCUGAGCUCUUCAGGCAGUUCCUUUGACCUCAUAAUUCUCAUUUGCUCUGACAUGACCUGUGAGCUCUAAGGUCUUAUAUAGACAGGGGUGUGGCUUUCCUACUCAAAUCCAGUCAGUAUAAUCAAACACAGUUGGACUCCAAUGAAGGUGUAGAACCAUUUUAAGGAUGAUCGGAAGAAAUGGACAACACCCGAGUUAAAUAUAUCAGUGUCACAGCAAAGGGUCUAAAUACUUAUGGCUGUGUGAUAUUUCAGUUUUUCUUUUUUAAUAAAUCAGCAAAGAUUUCAACAAUUACGUUUUUUUCUGUCAAUAUGGGGUGCUGUGUGUACAUUAAUUAGGAAAAAAAAUAACUUAAAUGAUUUUAACAAAUGGCUGGAAUAUAACAAAGAGUAAACAAUUUAAGGGGGUCUGUAAACUUUCCGUACCCACUGUAUAUAUUUUUUUUUACAAAAUAUUUUCAGCAGGUCAAUCUUUGAAAAUGUUCUAAUGUUAUAUUGUAUUGAAAGUACAAAACAAAAUUCAAGGAAAAUUAAAAUGCUGGACAUUCUGUAUUUUUAAAGUAUUUUUUUUUCCACUUUGAAGAACGAGUGUUUGUUAUGUUAAUAAAUAUAACUGCAAAACGUA